UUCUCUGUUAUUUAUUUAGUCAUUGCCAAAAUUUCUUGUCAUUUGUGCUUUUGUAACGUCAAAAUUCAACAACAACAAUUUACAUUUCACACGGGAAAACGAAGGAAUUCGUUGAAAGAAAAAUGUUUACAUUUUAUUAAUUUCGAAUAAUUAAGUAAAUAGUAGUCAUUCUUAUCAUGUUUUGACAAAAAUAGCUUAUAACAGGGAUUGUAAGAAACAAUUGUUUAAAUAUAGGAUUUAUGUUCCAUAUGCAUUAAACCUAAAAGCUCCUAAUAUUGUUUUUACUUCUCUGAAUAAAACUAUGACUUUCAAAACAAUUUGAAACAUGAAUAAAAAUAAGAGACACGAUACAACCGAAUUUGAAGAUGUUUUUGACGAUUCUGCUUUACUUGCUAACUUUGAGAAUUCUGCAUUUAAAGAAGACUCUUUUUCUGACAGAAAUGCAAAUAAAAGCCUGAACGUAAGUGCUUUGUGUUGUGAUGAGGAAAUAAGUGGAUAUGAUAGACUGACUGGUAAAACAUGGAUAUAUCCUACAAACUAUCCCAUAAGGGAUUACCAAUUCAACAUAAUUCAAGCUACAUUAGUUAAAAACACAUUGGUAAGUCUUCCAACAGGUUUAGGUAAAACGUUUAUAGCCGCAGUUAUUAUGUAUAAUUUUUACCGUUGGUAUCCCCUUGGCAAGAUUAUAUUUACUGCUCCAACCAGACCCCUGGUAGCUCAACAAAUUGACGCCUGUUAUAGUAUUGUAGCAUUGCCACCAAAAGAUACCAUUGAAAUGACAGGUCACAUGCGAGUUAGUACCAGGAAAGAACAUUGGUUAAGUAAAAGAGUAUUUUUUGCAACACCCCAAGUUAUUUACAAUGAUAUUAAGUCUGGUAUAUGCCCUGGUGAGAGUUUACGAUGUUUAGUUGUGGAUGAAGCGCAUAGAGCAAGAGGGAACUAUGCAUACUGCCAAAUUGUGUCAACACUUGCUGAUAUGGGUCAUAAGACAUACAGAGUGCUUGCAUUGUCUGCUACCCCAGGUAGUAAAGUGGAAGAUGUAGUUAAUGUAGUUAAAAAUUUAAACAUAGCUCACUUGGAGUUAAGGAGUGAAAAUUGCAUAGAUGUUGCUCCUUACAGCCAUUCCCGCAAAAUAAAUACUGUUAUUAUUCAGCUGGGACCUGAAUUAACUCACUUGAGGCAGCAAUAUGUUGAGAUUUUAGAUGGUUAUGCAAGAAGACUAAAGCAGUUAAACAUUCUGCCACACAAUCUUGGGAAUUUGUCAAAGGGCCGAGUAGUUAUGUUAUAUAAGGAGUUUCAAACUAGAGAUAAGAGUGCCAGGCACCCACAGCACAAUAUAAUAAUGAAGGAUUUUACAUUACUAAUAGCACUUUAUCAUGGUCUUGAAUUACUACUAAAACACGGGUCAAGGGUUUUCUUAAAUUUCUUUGACGAACAUCCGGAGAAGUCCUGGAUACAGAGUGAUGAUAAGUUAACAUCAUUGUUGGAGAGAUUGAGGGAUGAUUUAGGAAUUAAUCCACUGUCUUUGGAUAGAAGUGUGUUGCCUGACGGAACUGUGCCUGAGAUGCCAAAAGAUCUGACCUUUGGCCAUCCCAAGUUUUACAAACUAAAAGAAAUUAUGUUGGAUCACUUUCAAAGGGCAAAAAAUAAGGGAGAAACCACCAAAGCAAUCGUGUUUUGUGAAUACCGAGAAAGUGUGAACCUGGUCCAUUGUAUGUUACUACAGUGUCGUCCACUCAUUGUACCGCUUAUGUUUGUAGGACAAGGAGCUUCUGGCAAAGAUGGUAAAACAGUGGUAUCCCAAAAACAACAGUUGCGCGUAAUGCGUUCGUUCCGCGAGGGCACGUGCAAUACGCUCGUGUGCACGUGUGUCGCAGAAGAAGGCCUCGAUGUGGGAUCUGUGGACCUCAUUAUUUGCUUUGAUAUAUCUACGAGGUCACCUAUACGGCUCGUUCAAAGAUGCGGUCGUACAGGGCGUGAGCGAGGUGGUCAAGUCCAUAUUCUGGUCACAGAAGGCAGGGAACAUCAGACGCUUAUAGAUUGUAUGCGCCAACGCGAUGGUUUAAAUACAAGAAUACAGCAAUCAAAAGAAGUGGAAAAUUCUCUAUAUAAAUCGAACCCAAGGAUGAUUCCGCAUGACUUCACGCCUCAGUGCCAAAAGAUGCACAUCACUGUACAUAAAAAACAUGAUUCCGAUAAAACGAAAAAGGGUCAGAAAGAUUUAAGGAGUAUGCUACAAGGCAGGGCGUCAACAAGCACAAAUAGCACAAAUUUAUUAGAAAACGAUGACUUAAUACAUGAAGAUGAGUUUGAUGAGUUAUUUCCCGAUGGAUUUAAAGAUGUUCACCGAUUGAAUGAUGCUAAAGAAUAUUGGAAUAUGAAUAAAGAAGCAAUUAUAGAAUCCAGUAAAAAAGAAGACAAUCGUGUCCAGUUACACAACUGGCUCGAAUGGCAGAGGACAAAGCAGACAACUAUUAAUAUUGAACAUUCGAUUGAUACAGAUAUUUUGAUUUCCCUUCUCAAAUAUAGUGACGAUAAGAGAUUUGAUGCGCCACCCUCGACCCAAAAUCCGACUUUUAACACUCAAGAUUUUGAAACGCAAAAUAUAAAAGUCCCUUCGCCUGCCAAACCGAAACAAGCUAAGAAAAAACUUAAACCAGCAAUGAAAUCACCAAUUAAAAAAGAUGGUGAUAUUAGAGCACUAUUUAGCACAGCAACAAAAUCUACCAAAGACUAUACAAAACUAUUAAAUGAUCUUGGUAUACAAAACGAUGGUAAACAACCCACGAGCUUAAUAAAUUUACUCGUUGAUCUCAAACUAGAAGUAACGAAUAAUGUUAAGAAAUGCUAUGUUUGCACAAACAUAUGUGACUGUACAAUUAUAGCAAAUGCUAAGAAUAAACAAAAAGCAAAACCACUAUUAUUUCUAAGUGGUACACUUCAUUUACCUGAUAUUAAUUUAAUUGAUAGUUUAAAUACAGAAGCAAUAUUAAAAUGCGCAAAAACAAAUCAGAAUGAACUUUCUGAUAAUAAUAAUUGUAGCAUUGACAAGCUUCAGAAUGAGAGUAAAAACUUCAACUUAGACUUUGAUUUUGAUUUAUCAGAGUCACCGAAAGAAGAAAUAAAAUCUGAAGUCAAAACUAAUGUUAAUAAUUUCGAUAUAGGUGAUAUUGAUGAUAUUUUUGAAAAUAGUAGUCCAGAAGAAGCUGGUUUAAGUGAAAUUAAAAAAGAAGAGAUUCCAAAAGAAGCUCUUGGCUUUUUUGGUUUAGCUAGUAUAGAGGACAUAUUCGCUGAUUCCGAUGAAGAACUAACUAAUCAAAAAGAAGAAAAUAAAGCUGAGGUCCAUAUUGCGAUAACUUCUGAUGAUGAUGACUGCGUCGUAUGUGAAGCUUCAUCCACCAAUACCUAUAAGAACCAAACAAAAAUAAGAAGCCCAUCUUUACUUUCUGGUAGUUUAAAACUACAUCUUCCUACCUCUCCUAUACUCUGCAGCCAACCUCGUAAACUUAACCUUAGUACCAAGAAAAAUAAUUUGAAAAGUUCAACCCCUCUUAAUGCGAGAAAAAAACUUAUACUUGAACCAGAAAAUAUUGACAAACAUAUGACAGUAGAAAAUGAUUCCAAAUGCGUUGGAAAUGUUUCGGAAACCAAUAACUGUAAAAGUAUGUUCACAAUAACCCAACUAGUAGAUAUGAUUAACAAAACUAAUAAUUCUACAAUAAAUAAAUCUGAAAUUCCCAAAGAAAGGAGUUUAUCACCUAUCCUUUUAACACAAGCAGAUAAAAAAUUUCUUGAAUCAGUGAAACAAAACACAACUCUUAAUUCAAAACCAGCAAGUUUAAUUAUAUUGGAAAGUGACAGUGAUGACAAUACUGAAGAAUACUACACUGAAAAAGUACCAAUAAAUAUAUUAAAUGACCCAAAAUCAGAACCCCAAAGGACGAGUAAUAAUGAAAUGAAUGAAUUUUUCCAAGACGUUAACAAGGACCACAAAGACUCAAAUAAUACACCAAACAGUUCAAAAACGCCAAAAAGAAAGAUGGAUGAUGACGAUCAAAUAGUAGCGUCUCCAUACUUUAACAAAAGGCGAAAAUUGGACGAACAAAGUAAAAAAUCGCUUAUGUUAAGGGAAAAGGUGUUAGCUGUCAUAUCAUCGAAUAACUUCAAUACAAAUAAAGACAAGCAAGUAAAUUAUUUUACGUGCUCACAAAAGUUCUCGCAAAAGGAAAACGAGCCCGUAUAUCAUGAAAAACAAGAACUCGAAAAAUCCCCAGAUGUACAUAAAAUCCUUCAGAUGUUUAGAAAAGAUACACCAAGAAAAAAUAUUUUUUCCGUAAGAUUGGAAAACAGUGCCUUUGAUGAUAGCGAUGAUGAUUUUGUUGGUAGUGAUAGAACUUGCAAAGAAAAGCGCAAAAUUGGUAGAAGUCAGAGAACUGCAAAUCGAAAGAAAAAAAAAAAUUCAUUCCUGGACCUAGAAGCGGAGAUAUCAUCAGGUGACAGUGGUGACGAACUGAGUGAAGAUAGCGCGGGAUCUCUUGUAGAGUUCAUAGAUGAUGCGCAAGCGCACCUCGAUACGGAUAUGCAAGCGCACUAUAUACGAUCUGUCAAGAGUCCCGUAAAUGGUGUAUUCAAAAUUCCACAACUUCCAAAGAAAUUAAAUAAUGAAGAAAUUUUUUCACAAUUUGUCGAAGAAGAUACUUAUGAAAUGGAUAGUUUUUGCGUCGAUUCCCAUAUCGGUCUAACUCAAGCUAACGAUAUGUCAGAACUGGAAAUCGCUGAAAUGAUUCUAGAAAACAGGAAGAAGAGAAAACUUACAAAAAAUGAUACGAUCGAAAGUCCGAUAGUUAGGAAAGUUAAAAAAUGUAGACGAAAGAUUGAUAGCGAUUCUGACAGCAGCUGAUAAAGUACUGGAUCUAGUCUUGAGAACUGAACACUAGAAAAAUAGUACACAAUUCUCAGGUGUCUAGAUUUGAUUUCAAUGAAAUGUACGGCUUCACCUAACCAACAUUGUUUAACUUUACAGACAGAUCAGCAUCAUUAAUUAAAUAAUUAUUUUCCCGGACUCAACCGGAAGAAAUACAAAAUACGUAAAAUACGGUAGCUUCUAAUUAUAUAUUUAUUUAGAAAUGAAAUCAUUCGUGAGGCCAAGACCUAAAGAGGUUGUAGCGCCACUGAUUUAUUUAUUUUUAGCAAAAUACUUAGGUUUAUUUUGUAACAACAGUGAUUUUACUCAGAAUGCUCAUUCAAAUUCAACACACACACAAUCAAUACAUAUUAACAGAUAUUUAUGGAUUCUAGAUAUUAUGUUAAUAUUGCUCAAUAGUUACUUCUUUCGCGUCAAUAAUUGACGAGAUCUCAAGGACCCUCUGAACCCUGCCAUAUUCCAUGCUGCGGAAGUUAUUUAUCUACUCUCUGGUAAGCCUUUUCUUAAUAGCAACAAUUACAUGACUUUCAUUGUUUGUAUUUAUUGUGAGAUUAUGCUAGAUUUUUUCUUAUUUAAUUUUGUAUAACUAUUGGAUUUUUUUUAUAUAUCCCAAUGGUG